AUGUUUUGUAAACUUUUUUGCGGAGUGGCAAGUAAAGUCCAUCUCAUUAAUUCCUCCGUUCAAUCGAGCUUCAUUUUGUGUAAACAUAUAAGCAGCAAGGUGCAGAUCAUGCAGGAAUCUUACCCAGUUAUAGCCAAAGUCCCGACUCAUAUUCUUACCUGGGGUAAGUGGAUUGAGGAAUCACUUGGCGAUCAAAGGGAAAUCGUGCUAUGCAUUACCGGCAAUCCAGGCCUGCCUGGUUUUUACACCAAGUUCCUUUCCACUGUUUUUGAGUGUUUGAACAAAGAGUUACCAGUGUGGGUAAUAGGUCAAGCGGGACACGAUGAAGCUGACGAAAGUCCUUAUAAGAAGCCAGUUCCUGCGUUGAACGGGAACGAGAAUAUGUACAACUUAAAGGGGCAGUUGCAACAUAAAAUAGAAUUCAUAAGAAAAUAUGUUCCUGAGAAUGUCAAAAUUCAUCUGAUCGGUCACUCUAUCGGAGCCUAUAUGGCAUUGGAACUGCUGAAAAUUCCCGACAUAAGCGAUCGUAUCCAGCAUUGCUAUUUUCUAUUCCCCACCCUGGAACGGAUGGCUGGUUCUAGGAAUGGAUUUAUUGUGACCAGAAUCAUCAAUCCGUUGUGGUUCGUGUGGCAAUGGUUCUAUCGAAUGUUCAAUCUAUUGCCACUAUUUAUUCGUACGUGGAUUAUCUAUAUGUACUAUCUGGUGGACGGAAUUCCAAAAUAUUACCUCGGCACCGGUCUGAAGUACAUGAACCCAAAUGUCAUUGAUAAAAUAUGGUUUCUGGCUAUGGACGAAAUGAAAAACGUGAAUGAGUUGGAUGUAGAUACUGUAAUGAAAAAUAGGCAACGUAUCAAGCUGUACUAUGGAUCCAAAGACGGAUGGGUACCCGUGAAGUACUAUCACGACUUAAAACAACGCAUCCCAGAUGUGGAUGCCGAACUUUGCACUAAGAAGUAUGAGCAUGCCUUUGUUUUACGUUCAGCGGAACAGAUGGGCUUUUCUGUCGGUGAGUGGAUCUUGAAAAACCGUACCUAG